AUGGUAUCAAAAGAUUUAAUACCUUUUGAAGUUGUAAAAAAUUUAGAAUUAAAACGUCCCUAUUCUAGUGUUUUUUCUGACAAAGAUACAUUAAUUGUUGAUGUGGAUGAACGUGAAGCGGCAAAUGUAAGAGAAAGAAAAAGAAUGUGUAGUAUUAAUGUUGCAUUUAUGGAUCUAAAAAAUUAUAUACCGACAUUUCCUUUUGAAAAAAGAUUAUCAAAAAUUGAUACAUUAAAUUUGGCAAUUGCAUAUAUAAAUAUGCUCGAAGAUGUUUUAUCAAAAGAUAUAGAUUCAUAUAUAUAUCUUAAAGAAUCUGUUGAACAGGCACGAAGAGGUCAUUAUAAUGGAGUUAUGUGGAUCACAUCAGAUUUAGUUGCCCGUUUCAAAUGGAUAAACUGGAAAAAACUUGGUAUUACACCAAUAGAAUAA